CGCGAGGUUGGAAAUUAGAAAUGUAACUCUGUGUAUAUUUGUCAUUGUUCUUUUGAAACAGACCAGCACGACGAGAGACUGCAGAGAAACAAGUAGCCGGUCUUAGGAUGAAAAAUGCGCAGUUAUAUCAAAGCCGUGCAGCAUCAGUUUUGUUUUCUCUCUGGCGUUGUCCUACACCUACUGAAUGAGUUUUACGUCGUCAACGUUCACGGCUAUGUGGAAAGUCGUGCGUCUUCGGCUGAUAUCGAACAUGAUUCUGUUGGACGCGUAGAAGAGGAACCUGAAGACGGAACGAGGAAGGCUCAACACUCCUCCAUUCGCAGUCACCAUGGGCAUCAUGGUACACACAGCCGUCGCGAUCGACGGCCUCGUCAUGCACAUCAGCGUGCUCACCACCUUGAAAACGCAGAGGAUCGAGAGCAUGCGGAAGGAAGGCGAGGUCAGCGGCACGAGCAGGACUUAGACGUUGUGCACGUGGUGACGAGCUCGAGCCGGAGAAAAACGGGACACGGGCGCGAGCGCCAGCUGCAACAUGACUUGGUGGAAGAUUCAAGCGCCCCAGAGAACCACGGCCGUUUACAACUACGGCCUGCUGCGAUGUAUGAACAUGUUGACGUCGUGGAUGAGCUACAACUCCGGUGGCAACGCGACCACGAGCCGCAACGACCGCACCACGACAGAAGCUCUCAGCGUCAUCAGCGAGGACAUCACCAUCACAGAGAGCGGAGAAAUCAGCUUGAUAGACACGACGAACAAAGCAGAGGUGCUGCAGAUGUGGUGUUCGAUGACGUUUCCUUGCUUCAAAUGGGCGAGAAAGCUGCAUCUGGAUCGGAGACUACUCACGAGAAAAAGCAGGGUGAAGCCGAAAGCGGCGAAGGUGAAGAUGCGUCCCUCCCCGCAACAGCGAUCGGCUGGUCGUCACAGGCCUACUGUCCAGGAUCGCCCGUGGCGCCAGACCGGGUGCUCAUUACGCUAAGAACUACUCUAGACGGCGUUGCAUGUGAGGACGUCAUGCGAGAAGUAAGAGCUCGCGUAAGCGGUGACAAUUCCUGGAGAGACCCAUCCGGUGGUAAUUUGCAUCUUACAUCAGUUUUAAACACUGAAACAAAUGGGUACAGGAUUGACCAUGAUAUUGCUGACGACUUCUGAAUCCUCAUCCUCUGUCUAGGAGUACUUGAUGCUUUGCCCUGUAGCUAGAAGCUUCCGCGAAUAAAUUGCGACACUCCACCCACCUCGAGUAACAUCUUCAUGAUUCGGUCCGUGCCCCGCAGCAGUUCCUUUCCUUUCGUUCCUCUUGUUCUUCAGGAAGUUACGAGCUCCUUGCGAGUGAAGACGGAGAUGAUCGUGAAGUGUACGAAGAACACGAUCCUGUGAAGAAUUCCGAUUCGGCGAGGGCAACUCUGACUCUCAAACAUGUGAUUGACGAGAAAGCUGCGAGUGAGAGCGCUGCACCGAAGGGAGAGACAGAACAAGCCAAAGGGGAGAUCGAGGACUGGAUGAGACUGUUUUUCCAAAAGGACACGAAUCAACUUGCAGGGUGCGUAAUUUACGCAUGCGGCGAGGCACAACAGAGCGGCUCUGCUGAUAACGGAAGAAACUAUUGCAAUAUCCACAACCUUUUAUGCGGACCGAAAACGUAUUGUGCCAUGGUAUUUCUUAUCAACGCACCUAGAGUUAGAAGUUGUUUCGACAACAUAGAUGAAGUUCUUUUAGGUUCUUCGUCUUCUUUUUCUUUCCCUCUGUCGUCCGUUGCUUCUUUCGCAUUUGGAAGCAUUUACUUAUUUCAUGAUGAAGAUUUCACCAUUUUGCAUUCGAUUCGGCACGACCAUCCUCCAGGCGUCCUACUCGAAUAAUAGUCCGGCUUUGACGGAGCUAGUGUCGAAGUACAAGCCGCAAGAGUUGAUAGUUGAGUACAGUCCCCCGGAAAACAUAGCAGAUCCGGCUACUUGCAUGGGCCAGACAGGGGCAAAGGCCGACGACAUUUACCUGCCGAAGGGUCCUGUCGUUUCGCGGGCGCCUGAAACGGAGCAUUGGUCGCUUAUUGCUGGAGGAACAAAACGCCUUAAAAAAGUAGCGGGAGAAGUGUCAUUGACACUGGCAGACUCUCCAGCAGCCGCUGCAGAAGCAUCUGGUUCCUCGUGGAUUUUCGAUGGUAUAGCAAUAACGGCGCUGGUCCUGCUAACGCUCUGGUGCGGAGAGCGCGUUUAUCGCAUGGUCGAAGUAUGGCAACGGGCGGGGGCGAUGGACGCACCUCCAGAAGAUGAAGCCGUUGCCAAGAAAUCAACAAGUAAUGAACAGCAAGCAGGAGAACAAGUAGGAGCAGAUGCAGAAAAGGAAGACGAAGAGGGAACGGAGAGUAUGCAAGGUCAAGGAGGCGCGAGAGGUUCGAUAGGUGGCAAAGCUGCUGAAGAGAACGAGGAUCUCGCCAAGGAACGAACAAGUGUACCGAGUCGCCCAUCAAGUGAUUACAUUAGUGGGAGAAAUUCGGAAAUGGGUGCAGGUGGAAAAACAGGUAAAGAAGGAGAGCCAGGUAGAAAGAGUUCGAUAGGUGGAGAGGAGAGCAGAACUAGCUACAAUGAGGAAGGCGAGGAUUUCAUGAGGGACCUAGGAAGUGUCCCAAGUCUCCCCAUGAGUGACACCCUUGUCAAUGUCAAAAAACGUGUCGGUGUUAGUGGAAAAGCUGCUACAGGAGGUAUAAAAAAGGCAAAACCAGAGGGAAAGGUUGGAGAAGGUGAAGCGCGUCCCCCUCCCGUGAUGCAGCCCAAUUUACCACCGAAUACUCUUGCUGGUCUUUCUAAAGGGGCAGCGAAGGGCAUGGUAAUGAUGCCUACAGGUGAAUUGGCGACACCUGCAAAAGGGAAACAACUGGUAUCCAAUUCGAUGAAGGGAGGCAUGAAAACUAAAACUUCACCACUGGAUCCUCCUCCUGGAAAACCGCCAGGGGUAGGGGUGAGCAAGGCGCUGCAAGGAAAAUCCAUGUUGGGGGGUCCUGGUGGUGAAAAGAUGUGACAAUCUGAGCCAUUAGUAGACACUGAUUCACUUUCUUCAAUGAGAAAAUGGGCGAACAACUACGUCCUGCUUCCGCUGAUCAUUUGCUCAACAAAAAAGGGCACUGCUUCCUCGAAGGAUAAUUUCAACGUCUGCCAAAGCCUACAUCAACU